UCAAGGUUCUGCCGUCCACCUAUCGAAAAAAAUUAUGAUUCCGGUAGCUCUGAUAAUUUUUUGUUUAAUCCCGGUCGUUCAAAAUGAAUACUUUCGUCCUACUUACCAAGUACUUUUACGCAAAAGGAAUAAUUUUGGAGCUUUAGUUGAUGGCCACUGCUACGGAAAUAUUCUACAAAGUCGUCUGGUUUUAACAGCGGCAUCGUGUUUAUUUACUACUAAUAAAACCUCAAAUGGAAGAAAAUAUUUAAAAUCUGAUGAAUUAGCUGUGUCCUUUCAGGGCGAGGAUUUGAAUGAGUUCAUAUACUUUGUUAGUGGCAUUGACAUUUAUCCUGAAUUUGCUGCCUUGACUUUUGCUAAUGAUAUUGCUAUCCUAAGUCUAAGCGCUCAAUUUCCCCUUUCGGAGCGAAACGAUAUUCAGUGGAUUUCAUUAGCUGACUAUGAUAUAAAGGAUUUACCAUUAGAGGAUGGCAAGGAAACUUACGUAUGGAAAAAUUCAAAUGGACUAAGUCCGUAUCCUGGCUAUGGUGUUGUUCAUGAAAGUAAUUUAGUUGGAAUUGCUUCCUUUGGGAUUCCAUCAAAAAAUAAACGCGAAUCUAAUCUUGAAUCUCGGAGUCUAAACAAAAUUACGCAAUUAAACCUAUACUUAAGUUGGAUAUAUGAAAUUUUACAGAAUGCAGAGAUAGCGGACAUGCAAAAUAAUAACUACAGCGUGUCACUACCUUAUCAUCAAAGAAAAAGUGCAGAAAUAGGUAAUUUAAUGAAUUUUUUUGAACCUGAUGCAGUGUAUUUUCCAGACCCAGAAAACUCCAAUAAAGAUUACAUUGAUACUGAGGUUGAAGAUUUGACGAAUGUGGCAAAUACCUAUGCUGAAAAUGUUGAAACUGAUGCUGUACAAGAUUUUACUAAGGCAACGGACAUAUCAAAAAAAAAUAUCGAAAGUGAGACAGGAUUUUUAACGAACGAAGCCAACAUGCUUAAUACCAAUUUAACUUUUUCGUGGAUAUUAAUAUUACAUUUAAUAUAUGUUAAAUAUCGAAUGCUCAGCUUUUUAUUUUCAUGAAAGCAUUUUGAUUUAAUUCGGUCAUUUUGUUUUUGUUGAACUUAUUGGUUUUUAUGGAAAUUUUAGUUAAUCUGCCCAAAAAAUAAACGUAUUGUCGAACAUAUAUAUUUUAUAUACUAUUUGUAACAUUUUAUUUUGUUUGUAAUUAAAUAUAUCGAUAACCGAACUACCGAACGGCCCUACCCAAAA